GUUGUGGUCUUCUACCUAGUACCACACUAGCACUCUAACACAGCCUUCGCGGGUGUCGCCUAUUGCGUGCAUACGUUCGUGGCGUGGGGUGCAGAGCUACAGCUACAGAAAACCAUCGCAAAGGAGCGGAAAACGCGAGGGACUGAGGAAUUUUGGGUAUACAUUUUGGUCUUUUUCCUAAAUCUUAUGCGCCAAUGCCAAAUCAACAGGAUCGAUUUUCCCAAUUACAUGGUCAACAUGAACGUUUUUUGAUCAUCAGAACUUCCCUACUGAUAUGAUUUAGCAUCAGUUGUACUUCGACAACGUCGCUCCCUGAUAGCUCUCCCGAGCGUAGAGGUGCGGCAGUCGGAGCUGCGGGGAGGUCGGUGCCCUGUGGCGGCAACCUGGUUGAUUGACUGACUGGGUGAUACUAUAAUCUUGCUCGAUACUAUAAUCUUGUGCUUGAGACGAGUACUAGAAGUCUAGUUAUAGGGAAGAAAAUGUUGCUCAGGAUCGAGUCUCAGUUUUCGUCAGCCUACGAAUCCUCUAAGUCACUGGCCGCCCUUGUCCUGCCCCGAAUCCCAAGUUUAAGGAUAAGGAGACAAUAGUUUUAGUUGAUACAAAAAAGAAGUAGUAGCAUCGCAGUAGCCUGGCAUACCCCUAGAGUGGGUACAUUCACUCGCUCACUCAACCACUUUAAUACUCAACAAAAGGUGUAAGAUUUGACUUGAACAAUACGUACGAACACGAGAUGAUCAAAGCAGGAUGAGGAUCCAUGAUCCUCUUCUAUCCUAAGAUGAAGUAGCAGAGUACCGGUUAGUUUUCCCUCAUGUAUCCCAGGUUAGAUCCUCCAUCCAAUAGGAGAGCACAACUGUGUAGUGCAGAUGCAAUAGUAGAUGAGCUGGGCAAUCAGUUCUACUUUGUUGUAGGAAUUAGAAACAAGAGCCCUUAGUUGAUAGAAUCAGAAAUUACGUUUACGACCACCAUGUCUGUCUCUCUUUAUUAGGCAGACCAAAAACUAGCCUAAUUCUUACCGAAAAUUCUUGCUCUAAGAAGUAUCGUGUACCUCCGUCGAGCCAUUAAGGAAGCAGAAUCCGAACAAGACCACGUGGAGCCAAGUGCAGUGACCCCAAGGAAUAUCGACAUUAAGAAAAAGAGAGCAAGUAGACUUCUUAGAAAUAAAUAGUAGGGGUCUUCUCGUCCACCUAUGAUCUAACUUAAUUGCAAUGCAUGGUAAUUAGUCAGGACGGAGCGCAGCACUAACGAAGUAGGAUCAAGAAGGACACGUCGAAUGAUUACCGCGGGAUCUGUCGUGCGUUCCUUUGCAGCGCAUUAUGUCGGUCAGGCGGUCUAAUAGAAGGGGGUAGAGGUGGCGUUAUACGAUCAGAGAAGAUGAUAGUUGAAGAAUAAAUCAAAAUUAGUAGUCCUUCUGUGGCUGCAAAUGUUCGCUCGAUGAUGCAGGUCACACUGUGGACGGCGAACUACCUCCUAUCCUAUCCUAUAACAGGAGAGACCAACACCUAACCUAACCAAAGAGAGGCCGCGAGGAACAGGAGGUUGCGAACUUAUCCUAGUACAUGGGUAUGUUCUUGGUUGUACCUUGUUAUAGUACUACCACUAAUAAUAGUACGGGCAGCCCGCUCACGACACGAGGUAAUGGCGCGGGGAAAAAGACCGAGCAGCAAGGUGGCGCUCAAGAGGAUGAAGACGACACUCACUACGGGUCAGUCGCGACGUCUCCUGUUUAAUAGGGAGUCAAUCGCGACUUCUGCUGUCUAGUAGUGGGUCAAUCGCGACCUCUCCUGUCUGGUAGUGGGUCAAUCGCGACUUCUCCUGUCGAGUAGUGUUCGUGGUGGUCUAGUUCCAGCACCUAAGGCUGAAGCUGCUACUCAAUAGCAAUACCUCCUUCACGCAGAUUCUGUUUGUGGGUGACGUGUGUUGUUGACGCAGAACUGUUCUGAACAAUCAUUAUCAUACUUAGAUACUUAGAUUUCCGAGCAUUCAUGAUCCACCUUGCCGUCAAUUGCAAAACCCGAAAUCUAGUCCCUUCACGUAUUUACGAGCAUAUCACGCAUUCACGACACACAGAUUGAUACAUUCAUGAUUAUAGAUAAUGUUCAAGCUAGUCAUGCUGACGAAUUUUGAUCUUCUUUUACAUUAUUGCAUUACUUAGUACUGAGGGAUGAUAAACGUAACGAAGUCUUAAUCUUCUGCAUCAUACAUAUUGCCAUAAAGAUAUAUCAAGACAUUUCUUACAUCACACACUACCACACCGUACUUCACACCAUAUCUGACUCUUACCCUCCGCUAGUAACUACAAUUGGAUGCUGUGUAAGAGUUUACAAGCUUUCCUCAAUCCUCAUACUAAUCAGUUGCGUCUGACCUUCCACUACAACCUAGUAUUACCAGCAAAAAGGAUCUUCGUUGGUCCUCCCUAGCAACAUUAACUAAAGAGCAAGAGGAUCCUCAUUCCUAAGAACAUUUCGCACUUGUUUCCCCGUAAGAGUCACUAAGGAGUACAACAAAUGAUCAACAUCUUGUCCCUUGCAUGCUGUAACUUCAUUCAAGCCCCUUCGCUUUCCCUUUACCCACCUUCACGCACAGUCACGAUGACGACUCUUUCUUCUUCAUCCUUGAUUAGCGCUUGGUUCUGCGAUGCGGUGAGUAGGUUUGCUAGGAUUGAUACCCAUCUCCUGCAUCUAGUCAAGAAUAUGUGACAUCGUGGCAUGUACAGCCACACGCAUAUUGUGACUACCAUCUUGCGCCUG